ACAAGAUUGCAUAAUUCAAAUAAUAUUGUUUUAAAGAUUUUUUAAUAUUUCAGCUACACAGGGUACUAACACUGAAAGUACUAUCAUACAGGAUACUACCACACAGGGUAGUAACACAGAAGAUACUACCUUACAGAAUACUACCACACAGGGUACUGUCACAGAGGGUACUGCUACACAGUUGAUUAUGACCCAGCCACCUAUAGAAAUCCAGAAGCCAAGGAUGUCCACUUUAGUUGAUAAUGAUGUUACCAUGUCAGCUAUAAACCUGAGUUCUAAGAAAGAAGACAAGAGCCCCGACCUUAUUAAUGGUUUACUGUCAUGGGCCAUCAUUGUGACAAUAUUUUUGAACGUGUCAGUGGCCAUAGUUAUCAACCUCAAGAUUAAAAUCCGUCAUGCCGCCAGGAAUGGCUUUGACUACACACAACUGCAAAAUAUGAGUGUUGACACCCCUGGGCCCACCAGUUCUACCAUACCACCAACACCAACACCCCCUUCACCCCAGCCAAGUGUAGUAAGCACCCCCGCAACUGUGAAACAUUCAUUCUCCUUGUGGCUACCAGUUAGCAAGAACACAAACCGCCAAAAAGAAAUUGAAUUAUGAAGAGCACGCUGUUUAAGUUUUGAUAUUUUUUGUUGUUGUUGAGGCAGUUCUUCAGGGGUUUUUUUAUAAUACAACCACGAAAUGUGACAUUAAAACACAAUGACAUUCCGGAUAGUAUGUAUUUGUACCAUCAUGUUUAAACGUUUUACAGGAAGCAAUCACAUUUACAUAUACAUUUUAAAAUUGUUACAGAUUUUUUUUUUUUUGAAAUUCUUAUUGUCAUGUUUGUGAAACUGUUUUAUUUAAUAUCACAUGUAACAAUGAUAAUGAGAAUUUCAGGUAUUUUUUCUCUUUCUUUUUUUCUUGCUGGUUAUCUACAGAUGAAACACAAUGUGAUUUGUUGGGGUAUUUUUAUUUUGCUGGUUGUGUCAGUUCAAUCAGCACAUGGAAUACAAUUACAUUUGGAAUUAUUGUCUGAAUUUGUUGUAAAUUUCGAGUUGGUGUAACUGCUAACUAUUUAAUCAACACACUCCUUAAUUUUAAGUUCUUUGAAUUGUUUAAAUUUAUUACUUAUUUCUUCCAACUUUCAUGGGUGUUGUGUAAAUGUUUUAUUGAGGUAUGUUUAGUUUUAACAGUGGUAUGGACACGAUCUUAGCUAAAUAAAAUUUACAAUUCCUAAUACAUUUCUAAUGGUCAGCAAAAAUUGUAAUAUUGAUUAUUGACUUACAAAUGAAAUACAACACAUAUAUUUCUUUGUAAUGUAAGCAAAGCUAGUACUAUGUUUUUGUUUACAUACUUCAAAUAUUAGUAUCAUAGACUUCGUUUUCGUUGAAGCAGAUUUAUUUUUCAAUAUUCAAGUUAAUUUUUAAUACAGUUAUUGUGUUUCUAGUUCUUAUAACAUUAAACAUGAGAUUUUCUAUCAGCAAUCUGCAUUGAAAAAGAAGAGACACUAAUCUUGUUUACACAACAAACAUCUGCAAGUGUUGUAUCUCGCUUGCAACUCAGCAAGUGAUCUUCAAAAUGUUUUACAGACCAUUAGAAAUAUCUGGGAUAUCAUAAUCAUUAGAAAUAGAAAAAUAAUUAUAGAGAAGGUAUUGUAAUUAUAGUCUUUUUUUUUGUAUAUUAAUCCGUUAUGUUUUUUCCCAAUAAUUUUUUUCAGCGUAUUGUAAGCAAGUUGUAUAGCUGUCAUUAAAUUUUGUUUAUUUUAUUUUUUUACCUUUUGUUUUUCCUCUUGUGAUUUUACAGUGGUUUUUGUACACGAGCUGUGUAGCUGUGAUUUUGUUUAUAAUUUGAUUAAAAUUAAUAUAUUUAUUAUAUUGUGUUUUUAUGAGAAUUUUUCAUGAUCCCUCAAGGUUAAGUCAUCUUUAACGUAUUGUAUCUAAUAGAAUGAUACAGACAAUAAUCACUAAUAAUUUUGGAUCCACUGUUAUGGGUCAGAACAAACCCUUAGUAUAGUGCAGCAGGAUUUACUAACAAAAGGCAAUUUAACCAUAAUAAGAUUUAGAGAAUUAACUAUAAAUCCAUUUAUUUUAGCUAUAUUUUAUUUCUGAGGAUUUUUUCGGAAACACUAUUCCGGAAUCUUACCGGAAAUAAGUUGGCAAAUAGAAUAGUAUUUCCUUUUUUGACGAGGCAUUUUCGGGAGAACGAUUAGAUAACAGUCGAGACAAAAUUUUAAUUUUUUAUAAGGUUCAGAAGCUACGGAAAAUAAGUUAAUUUGUAGAAAAAACAUGCCAAAAGAAAAAUCAACGAGGGCGAAAAAGAAGAAGGGAGCUGAAGUUAUGAGAAAGGGGCAAACAAAUAAAAAUGUGGAAGGACCAGUUGAAUUUCAAGAGCAGACGACAAUGGAGACAUCAACAAAUAAUGGAUUUGAGGGAGAAUUAGAUGUAUCACCCAGAGAUGAACCAUCCAGAUUCUGAGUGUAAAAAACAAAUGGCAUGACAAACCGAACCAUAUUGCGUGACCUUUGACCUCAAAAUCGAUAGGGAACUCUUCAUCCCAUGGGUAGUCCAUAUAUAUGAUAUGGUGACGGUAGGUGGAAAGGAUAAUGCUUUCGAGCCCGGAAACCAUAUUGCUACUUCGAUGUCCAGUGCGUCUACGGACGGACAGACAGACAGACAACCCGAUUCCAGUAUAAAAUAUAACUCAUUUAAUGUUGGCAACUAAAAUUUGGAUUCUUUGAAUGCAAAGAUAAGAGCAGUAUAUUUAAGCUUUGAUUUUGUGUUGUGUAAACAAAGACCCGAAUCAUUUUAUGUAAAUAAACAAACCAGUGAAACCUGAAUUUUGUAAUUUAAAGCAUCUUCAUUUUGUACAAUCAUAAAUUCUAACUUUGAAAUGACACAUUUUACCUAAAGUAUAAUUGAAAUGUAAUAUAUCUAAUAAACUUGGAUAAAUAUCCAUUUAUUUUGAAAACUUCGUAAA